AGAUUUGACUACUAUCAGACAGACACAUCCGUGACUGUCACGGUCUUUGUCAAAGGCGUGACAGAGGACCGCCUCGAUGUCCAGUUUGGCGAACAUAGCCUCCAUGUUGCGAUCAAAGGCGCCGAUGGAUCAGAAACAGCGCUCAAGAUCGAUCCGCUUUUCGCUUCCGUGAAUGCUCAAGCAUCUGCAUACAAGAUCCUGAGCACAAAAGUCGAAGUAUCUUUGGUGAAAGCCGCACCCGGGGUCCGGUGGGCAGGAUUGCAAGGUGACACUGGGGGGAUUAUCGCUGGAAGCAGUAACUCGUCGACAAUACCAAUGAGCGUACCCACUGAUCCUGCCGCAGAGUCAAGCAGCGGCCCAUCCGCAUCUGCACCCGGCAAGCGGCCUUCCAACAAGUGGGACGCACUCGAUUACGACACAUUGGCAGAAAGCAAGCAAGAGGAGGACUCGGACAUCAACAAAUUUUUCCAAAAGAUUUACGCAAAUGCCAACGAGGACACAAGGCGGGCGAUGAUGAAGAGCUUCCAGGAGAGUAAUGGGACAGCACUCUCGACCAAUUGGGAAGAGGUGGGUAAGGGCAGGGUCGAAACUCAGCCGCCGGAUGGCAUGGUGCCGAGAAAGUAUGGUGCUUAG